UCUUCCUAUAUAAAAUCUUAAGCAAGUAAAAAUUGACAGUGGGCCGACUCACCAUUCACCAACCUCUCUUGCCGUACAGAGAGAGAGAGAGAGAGAGAGAGGAAGAGGAAGAGGAAGAUCUUGCAGUCAUGGCUUCAAGGUUGAUGUGGGCUUCAAGGGCAGCUUCCAAGCUCAGGAUCUCAGUCUUCAACAGAGGUUUUGCUACCGUCCUUAAGGACCUUAAGUAUGCCGACUCUCACGAGUGGGUGAAGGUCGAGGGCCAUUCUGCAACUGUUGGCAUAACUGACCACGCACAGGACCAUCUGGGCGAUGUCGUGUAUGUUGAAUUACCGGAAGAGGGGUCAACUGUGACACAAGGCAACGGCUUUGGUGCCGUUGAGAGUGUCAAGGCCACCAGUGAUAUCAUCUCCCCAGUUUCAGGAAAGGUUGUCAAAGUUAACCAGGAGCUUAGUGACUCCCCUGGACUAGUGAACUUGAGCCCCUAUGAGAAGGGAUGGAUUAUAAAGGUUGAGCUGAGCAAUUCAAGCGAAGUGGAGCAGUUGAUGGACUCAGACAAGUACUCCAAGUUCUGUGAAGAAGAGGAUGCAGCCCACUAAGCUAUCAUACAUCUGGAGCUGAGCUCACAUACAGCGGAAGUUCAACUUGAACAUGCUGUUGGAUCCAAAGAUUCAAGGAAACUCGAAAACUUACCCCGAAUUUUCAUGAUCUCAGCAAUGUCUUGCUUUCCUUUCAUCCUCCCCUCUUCGCUUGCAAAGGAAUAUUUAAGAGUAUACCACAGAUUUGAGAGAUGAUUCGCAUGUCUGCAAUGUUGGUGCUGCUGACUUCAUGUUGAAUAUCUCGAAUAAAAUUAUUGUUGUUCGAGAUUGGCACAGUGGGCGCGGGCUGUUCUUUUA